AUGGCUAGCACUGUAGUAAUUGAGACUUCUUACUUGAACGAUAUCGAGUUCUCGGAUAUCGACAGCGUCCUUCUCGAGUCAUUACUUGAGGAGUCACCAAUAGAGGGUGGAGACGGAGAAAUGUCAAGAUAUGUAAUCCAAUCUCUAGAAGAAGAGAUUUUGGAAUAUAAUUCGAUGCCCGGGACAUAUGAAGAGUGCUGUGUGGAUGAUUGCCCAUCAAUCUAUUUUGAUUUAAUGGACAGUUGUUCAACAGCAUCUGAUAGUCUUGAUUUUAGUUGGACAAGAGAUUCUAUGACAAAUUAUUUGAUGGAGCAUGGUGUAGAAGAAUUUGUAGGGAUUGAGGAUUAUUCACAAGAUUAUGGGCUACCCUUGGAGGAGAUGGGAUAUAUAUCAUUGUGGCAAGAAACUUAUCAGUACACUACAUAUGGCUAA